AUGUUUUGCUGUAAAAGUAAGAAGGCUACUAGAAACAAGUCUCAGAUUGGCGUCAUGCCUGUUAACUAUGCCCAUAAUAGAUCUUAAUCUGUUUCAUUAGUUGAUUCCCCAGACUCUGUUAAAAAGAAUCCAAUGUUUAGCAAGUAAUCCCCACACUUUAGUUAAAUUGAAAUCACUAAGACCAAAAUCUUAAAACCUAAUAUAUUCGAUGAAAAGACGAAAUUGCAUUGUCAAUUUUGCGGAGGCAAGACAUGCAAGCAUGAGAACUGGACUAGAUGUCCAACGCCAGCUAUCUAAGGUCUGCAUUCAAACUGGAUUAACGACAAUGUGAUUGCUUCCCAGAGGUUGUCAGAUCGAUUAAUCCAUUAGUUUGAAAUCAUCAAAUAAUUCAAGGAGAAAGGUGUAACUGCUGUUUUUAAUCUGUAAGAACCAGGAGAGCAUCCAUACUGUGGCGAUGGGAUUAAUGUCAAAUCAGGAUUCUCAUAUCACCCUGAACUAUUGAUGAACAGUGGAAUCGCUUUCUUCAAUUUCUUUUGGAAGGAUCUUACUAACCCAACCUUUGAGAGACUUCUUAACUCUGCGUAAGUCAUGGAUUACAUCAUUAAAGGUGGUGGGAAGUGUCUAGUCCAUUGUCAUGCUGGAUAAGGUAGGACAGCUUUGAUCAUAGGUGCUUACCUGAUAAUAUCUGGUACAGCUUCAGAUGAUAAGGAGGCAAUAAAGCAAACUAAAAAGAACAGGCCUAAGUGCUUUUCCAAGAGCUACAAUAUCAAAUACAUGAAAACAUUCUAUGAUAAAUUUGUCGAUCUCAAGGUUCUGUUCCCCUCUCAAUAGCAAAAGCAGAGCCUUAAGGAGAUUCUUGUAAAGCAAGGUCUUCUUUUCCAUGGAGAUGAAAGAAAAUACACGAAAUUUAUACCGAAGGUGGUUAACUAAGCUCUACAGAGUAUUAAAGACAUAUUGAAGAAUAGUACUGUUAGAAAGCCAGAUGAACAAUUGAAUGAAUAUAAACAGUUAAUGGAUAAAAACAAUGAGUUUUUAAAUGCUUAAAUUUAGAGUAUUAGACAAUUAGUAAAUAAAGGGGAUUGGAAUGUGAUAAGUGAUCACGAUGAUAUUUAAACGCUAAACUAUGUAGUAGUUUGCUUCAUCUAAGGACUUAAUAAACAUAUAGUUGAUCAGAAUGUAGUAGAUAAAAUGAAAGGAGAUUUAAAUAAACUUGACAAUUACUUGCUGGGUUUUAUGACAGCUAUAGCUGACUUAUGUCAAGUCUUAUCUCAAGAUAUUUCUGACUUGAAAUAGUAGCAAGAGAUCUUUAAGUUCUAUGCGGAACUGAUUUCUCAAGAGCAGACUUAAUUUUAUGAACCGAUUUAACAAGCUUUGAUAGAAAUAAGCAAAAAGAAGAACUAGAUUUACAGACUUGAAGAAAUCAAGGAAGCUGAAGAUAUCUCUCCGAUUAAGUAAUAGCUACUUAAGGACUAGAUAACCACAGGGCAAACAUUUUAUAAUAAUCCACCUUCAGGAAGAAGCAUAGAUACUAAUUAGCAAAGAAAUGGGCCCAGAGAAGAAAUAAACAGCGUUAAUCUAGCUUAAUCAGAGAAGGAAGAUUUUACACUAGAGUAAAGAGAUGCUAUGAGAGAGGAUCCAAGCAUUGACACACUGUAGUUGAGUCAAAAGAUAACUCCAUUUCAUGAAGAUCAAAUAUAUCGAAGCUAGGAUGGACCUCUACCAGGCUCCACUGGAUAAUCGAGCGUAAAAUAGCUUAGAUAAUCUCAGCUACUACCAGACAUCCAUCAAAAACAAUAGUGA